AUGGAGAUUUCUUCCCACCAGUUUCACCUCCUCGAGCAGCUGAACGAACAGCGGAAGCAAGACUUGUUCUGUGACUGCAACAUCCUGGUUGAGGGAAAGGUCUUUAAAGCGCAUCGCAAUGUGCUCUUCGCCAGCAGCGGCUAUUUCAAAAUGCUGCUUUCGCAGAGCUCAAAGGAGACGAGUCAGCCGACAACGGCUACUUUUGAGGUUUUCUCUCCAGAGACAUUUAUGGUUAUCCUGGACUUUGUGUAUUCGGGCAUAUUGUCUUUAACCGGUCAAAAUGUGAUCGAAGUCAUGUCAGCUGCGAGCUAUCUGCAGAUGACAGAUAUUCUUAAUGUCUGUAAGACGUUCAUUAAGUCCUCACUGGAUAUUAAUGAAAAGGAAAAGGAUCAUUACCUCGGCCUGUCAGCCAAAAGUACCAACAGCGAACCUGCCCAUCCAUCUCUUUAUCGCUCAAGAAGGAAAGCGAAGAGCAACCCCAGGCGUUCCUGUUCAGUCCCGGACGAAAAGACUAAUACGGUGAAUGAAAACUCGUGGAGCGGUUACAGCAGCUAUCUGCCCUCAGAGGUGAAUCUGCAGCGGGCGGAAAUGCAGCUGUCAAAGAGAGGCAGAAAACAGGGCUCGGCAAGAAAGCGCCGAAAGCUCCUGGGACUGUCACAGAGCCGUGACAAAGCUGAGCGGGCCGGCGGAGGAUGCAGCGCGUCAGACUCCAGCCACAUCUCCCGGGUUAGAGACGAGGCUGAAUUUGACGCCGAGAACGAUGUGGAUCACAGUGACUGCGGGUAUAAUCAGCAGGCAGAAGCGAUACCAAAGAGGUGGUCUGUGGCUCAGCUAGAGCAAGAACUUUCAAGAACUCCUGAGCUCAUGGAGUUAAAAGCAGAGGAACUGUACACCUCAAUGCCUACCAUUUUAGGUGUAAUGAGUAGUUGGAACGAAGAUGACUUGCCUCGGAUGCGAUUCAAAUGCCCCCUCUGUACGCACACGGUGAAACGACGCGCAGACCUGAAGCGACAUCUUCGGUGUCACACAGGGGAGCGACCGUACCCCUGCGACGCUUGUGGGAAGAGGUUCACCCGCCUAGAGCAUUUACGCAGCCACUUCCAAACGAUACAUCAAGCUGGCAAACUGAUCUGCAGAAAAUGCAAGCGUCAUGUAACUGACCUAACAGGGUGUGUUGUUCAGCAAGGAACACGACGCUACAGACUGUGCCACAAGUGUCUAGCAGAAACUAAUUUUGACAGCAUCCCUGACGAUUUAGAGCCAGAACAUUCUCCUGUCUCCUCCACGGGAAACAAACGUUCCAAAUGGGCUUUGGAGGAAGAACAGAAAUCAGAUGGAGAGACAAUGGAGGAGGAACCAUAUAAUUUGGUUGUCCAACACGUUAAUGAGGAUAUUCCGGGUGAGGCAGAUGAAAAGGUGAAACCAAAUCUAAGGUAGACUGUUUGUGUAUUUGUUACUGUUGUAUUCAAGAUUAAAUCACUUGUGUCCUGCCAACUAAUGCUGGUUUAUUACUUUAAUGAAAGUAAAAUAUUGCUAGAAUUCUAUUAUGAGAAGCAAAA